CAGACAUUGGAAUAUUGGUGGGAGUGAAUGUACCAGAAGCACUCGAACCGAUCGACUUCAUUCACAGCAGAGACAACGGUCCGUAUGCCGUCAGGACGCGACUUGGUUGGGUGGUGAACGGUCCGGUACGUCAUCACAAAUGGACGGAAAUCAGGGCUACAGCGAACCGAAUCAAAGUUGAGGUUCAAGGACCCCAGUCAGAAGCGAACCCCGCAUCGGAAGAGCGGGGAUGGUCAGUGGAGGACCACAGAUGGAUGAAGAAGGUUGAGAAGGAAGCUAGGAUGGACAGUGGACACUACGAGCUACCUAUACCUCUGAAGAGUGGGGACACAGUCUUGCCGGACAACCGGGAAGCAUGCUUGAGGAGGCUACAGGGACUCAAAAAAGGGCUUCAAAACGAAGGCUUCGCUGACCAGUAUCGUGAAGUGAUUGAGGACAUGGCAAGGAAGGACUAUGCAGAAAGGGUGCCUGAAGAAGAACUGGACAGAGCUGACGGACUGGUGAAUUACCUACCUCAUCACGGGGUGUUUGGAAAGAAGGAAAAACUUCGUGUGGUUUUCGACUGCUCAAGCUCGUUCAGAGGCGUCUCGCUGAAUGACAAGUUUAUCAGGGUCCGUCGCUUUGCACACCGCUUAUUGACGUACUCGUUCGCUUUCGUCAGGAAGAGGUGGCCUUCAUGGGCGAUAUAAAUGCCAUGCUUCACCAGGUUCAUGAGCCAGCCCCUGUGAAGAGUCAUUCAACCCAAGCUCAGUGGGUAUGGACUCACCCGGAGCGCAGAGAUCAUGUCGAGAGGCAAGCUGAUUAAACGUCCCAUAUCAAAGCUCAUUCUCCUUGUUGAAGCAUCUGAGUAAAUGCAACUGAGAACAAGUAUGUUAAGCUAGUUAAGUUAGUUAUAAGUUAAGUGCUGCUACAAUCGGUUCAUCGCUGCAGCUAUCGUUUCUUGAACCUGGAAAGGUUCAAAGGGGAGGGUGUGACCGCAGCGGGUGGUGGUUAUGUUAAUUUAGUUUAGUCCCGAUAGCUGCCCCCUCCGCUCGCUGGAAUUAUAUACACGCCCCUGGCGUCUGCUGGGAGACCGACCGCAUUGGCUGGGUGGCGCCGGCUCGUGGCCCCGGCAGAGGCGGUCUCGCCUGUCUGGUCCGUGAGGGAGUGGUGCUGUGGACGAGAGGGUGCAGCUGGCCGCUUUCAAGUUCGCCCCUGAGCUCGCUCCUGACAGUCUGGCCCGGGGCGGAGCUGGGCCGGAGUUGGGUCAGAGCUGCCGGCGCGUCUCGGCGGUGCGGGCUCCCGCUGCAGCGCUGGAGUCUGGGUCUGCAGUGGGCGCACUUCUUUGUUGUUGGUCGUGCUGAAUUGCAGCGCCUCCGAGGCGCCGGAGCAGGUUGCAGUGUCGGAAGAGCCCAAGACUGGAUCGCCGGGUCCGCCUCUGUUGUCUGGGAGGCCGUUCUGCGCGGGUGGCUGCCCCGUUACGUCGAAGGUGGUCAGGACCUCUCAAGCCAGGAAGUGGUACUCGUUGGGCCCCGAUGCUGGAUAUUGAACCGCUGGACGUCGUCCACGACUCCGGAGCGCUGCUGAACCGUUCUCGUCGCACCACGGUCCUGGAGGACCUCAGCCUGGCGGUACCCAGGGGCGCCAUCCUGUCGCUGGCGCCCCGCUUCGGCUGGCUGCUCUACCAGGGAGAGGACGAGGAGGAAGAGCUGGAUCUGGUGUUUGAGUCGGAGUUCCUCUACCGUUUCCCGGAGGAGGAGGAGGAGGAGGAGCACCACGACCGCCGUCAGCUGGGCUACCACCACUCCCCCUACGACGCCCUCAACAGGGAGGUGGCCGGAGAGACCGACUUUGUGCUGCACAGCCACCGCAGCAAGCGCAUGGUCCACCACCGCAACAAGAGGAUGGUGCGCGACAAGAAGAUGAUCUACAAGGGACUCGAGAACGUCUUCUCCAUUAUGGGUCUAGACGGCCGGUCCUGCCUCCUGCGCGCCAUCUGUGAGGUCACUGCCACACCUCUAGUUUACGACGGAGUCGUCGGAGAGCUGCUCAACAUGGCGCUGGUGCCUCGUCACACGAACGGCCACCACGACGAUCUGAAGGUGUACCUGGAGGCCGAGGAGCACGGCCUGCUCGGCAACGACUGCAGCGCGACCUACAGCGCCUGUCCCGUGUCCCUGUUCACCUUGGUGGCGCCCGGAUCCGUUCAGUUCGACAGCUAGGUAGUUAGGGGAGCGGUGCAAUGUGAGAGCCGUCGGGAUGGUCAAUUCGACAGGUGAUGUCGGGGUGUUCAUAUUCGACAGAUGAUGUCGGGGUGUUCAUACUCGACAGGUGAUGUCGAGAUGGUCCAAUUCAACAUCUAGCUCAACAGGCAUAGGGGCGACUCGAUAGUUUAUGUCGGAUUUGCUUCAUUCGAAUCUAAUGUCGGGAUGGGGGUACAGGAUCAGGUUAAUAUAAGGACACUGAGUGUAAUGCGUAUGACGUAUUAUUGCUCAGUGAAUAAUCCUGACAGAAUCCACAAGGUGGAUUGAACUGCGUGGGAUUUUAGUUGAAGGGUUGGGGUGGGCGCGGCAGACAUUGUUCUGGCAACUUUGGACAGAAAGCUGUUCACCUUCUGUUUAAAUUAAAUGCGUAAAGCUAAUGUCGCUGUUUUGCGUUUCGGGGUUGUUGUUUGUUACACGCGUUGUUAUUCAGUUUUUAAGUUGACCAGUCGUCGUUGUUAACUUGUUACCAAUGCAGUUCGCAAACUUGUUAUUUGUUGACUGUUUUGUUGUUACGUAGAUGUUCAAAUAACUGUUGACGCUCCCUUUUGAAACGAUGUCAUGUUGAAUGACACUGCUUAUCAUGCAGUACAAAGAAUAUAUUAGUCCUAGACGCAAAUAAAAAAUGCAACUUGA